AUGAGGAAUGUAAAGUUUUUUGACCUCGGGUAUUGUGAAGGAAAGGUCCAGUCGAAUUGUCCAUUCAGUCAGCCUUCUCAGUCUCUUGGCUUGAUUUUCUGUGAAGCUAUAGAGGCAUUGUUGGCUGCUAUUUCAAUUGAUUUCGGGUCUCAAUUCUUAAAAGUUGCUUUGGUCAAGCCUGGUGUACCUAUGGAGAUAGUUUUAAAUAGGGAAUCUAGAAGGAAAACACCAAAUUUAAUUGGUCUCAAAAGCGACGAAAGGUUUUUCGGCGACGCAGCUUUGUCUUUCGCUGUUAAAAAUCCAAAGAAUUCGUACGCUCAUCUAAUAGAUUUAUUGGGGAAGAAUGUAAAUAACCCGAUAGUGGCACUUUAUCAGUCUCGCUUCCCUUUUGUAAAGAUAGUUCCCGACGAUGCUCGCAAAACAGUUCAAUUUGUCAUUAAUGAGGAGAAGUACGGUGUUGAGACCUUGGUGGCUAUGAUUCUGAAUCAUGCUCGUAAAUUAGCCGAAGACUUUGCUGAACAAACUAUCGAGGAUGUUGUUAUUACAGUACCUGCUUUCUUCAACCAAGCUGAAAGAAGAGCGAUGGUGAAGGCAGCAGAAAUAGCAGGCUUGAAUUUGCUUCAGGUAACCACUGCGUUAUGCAUAUCGGAUACAUAUGUAUAUGGGCCAUUCGACGCCAAGUGGCACACUUUUCCAGAUGGCGUCUCAGGCUUUUUUAUUUUAUGCUUGCUUGUAGCACCUGAUACUUGAUU